GGCAGCGCCGGCCCCAUGCCCGCCGGCCGCCCGGGCCCCGCCGCCCAAUCCGCGCGGCGGCCGCCGCCGCUGCUGCCUCUACUGCUGCUCUGCGUCCUCGGGGCGCCUCGAGCAGGAUCAGGAGCCGACACGGCUGUGAUCAGUCCCCAGGACCCCACGCUUCUCAUCGGCUCCUCCCUGCAGGCCACGUGCUCAGUGCACGGGGACCCAUCUGGGGCCACGGCUGAGGGCCUCUACUGGACCCUCAACGGGCGCCGCCUGCCCCCCGAGCUCUCCCGAAUGCUCAACGCCUCCACUUUGGCCCUUGCCCUGGCCAACCUCAACGGAUCCAGGCAGCAGUCGGGGGACAACCUUGUGUGCCAUGCCCGUGAUGGCAGCAUCCUGGCCGGCUCCUGCCUCUAUGUUGGCUUGCCCCCAGAGAAACCCUUCAACAUCAGCUGCUGGUCCAAGAACAUGAAGGACCUGACAUGCCGCUGGACGCCGGGGGCCCACGGGGAAACCUUCCUCCACACCAACUACUCCCUCAAGUACAAGCUGAGGUGGUACGGGCAAGACAACACGUGUGAGGAGUACCACACGGUGGGACCUCACUCUUGCCACAUCCCCAAGGACCUGGCUCUCUUCACACCCUAUGAGAUCUGGGUGGAGGCCACCAACCGGCUGGGCUCAGCCCGUUCAGAUGUGCUCACACUGGACAUCCUGGAUGUGGUGACCACCGACCCCCCGCCCGACGUGCACGUGAGCCGCGUUGGGGGCCUGGAGGAUCAGCUGAGCGUGCGCUGGGUUUCGCCGCCCGCGCUCAAGGACUUCCUCUUUCAAGCCAAGUACCAGAUCCGCUACCGAGUGGAGGACAGCGUGGACUGGAAGGUGGUGGACGACGUGAGCAACCAGACCUCUUGCCGCCUGGCGGGCCUUAAGCCAGGCACAGUCUACUUUGUGCAAGUGCGCUGCAACCCUUUUGGCAUCUAUGGCUCCAAGAAAGCAGGGAUCUGGAGCGAGUGGAGCCACCCCACCGCCGCCUCCACCCCCCGCAGUGAGCGCCCGGGCCCGGGCGGCGGGGCGUGCGAGCCGCGGGGCGGCGAGCCGAGCUCGGGGCCGGUGCGGCGCGAGCUCAAGCAGUUUCUGGGCUGGCUCAAGAAGCACGCGUACUGCUCAAACCUCAGCUUCCGCCUCUACGACCAGUGGCGCGCCUGGAUGCAGAAGUCACAUAAGACCCGCAACCAGCACAGGACGAGGGGAUCCUGCCCUCGGGCAGACGGGGCGCGGCGAGAGGUCCUGCCAGAUAAGCUCUAGAGGCUGGGGCUGCCCUCCUUGCUUCAUGGAGACCCAGGGGCCACCCCAAGACUGGAGCCACCUCGGAACCCUCAUCCCAGGGUGCCUCAGCCCUCGAAGCUGGGGCAAACGCUCUGAGCUCUGAGGGCCACAACAGCUUUGGCUUCCAUGUGAGGUGUACCCCAGUGUGGGGGGGGUGUAUGAGGGUGGGCUGAACUUCAAAGAACGCCUGCCAGGGCUGGGGGUGAAGAAAGGUCAUUGCUCGCCCUACCCAGGACCCCUCCAAAGAGUCUUUUUAAAUAAACAAACUAUUUAGGUGCCA